UGACAGAGUUAACCUCGGGGACCACAGCUGCCUCCGUCUCAGUGUGCUUACAGUCGCCGUGGUGGUCACACCUCGCUUCCUCAGCUCUUACAGAAGGAAGAUUCGGCCCCAUUGUCUUCCGGUCGUCCGGCGGCUUCCCUGAACCACUCCUCCAGCACCGUUACUUCCCGUCCCGUCCCGUCCCAUCCCGUCCCGUCCCGUCCCUGGUGAAAUCAAGAUGACACCCCUAAUAUUUUCUGCUGCAUUCUGCUGGGUUGUGGCUGUGGCAGGAGCAGUCUCUCCUCCUUUCAUCCCCGUCCCUCCGAACCAGGCCUUGUCACCAUGUCCUCCCCAAGACUCUAAUGGGUACUUCUGCGACGAGCAGUGUACUGGAGAUGUCCAGUGCGGCCCCAACAGGUACUGUUGUCAGGUGGCCUGUGGCAACACCUGUAUGGAGAGAUACCAACAACAGCAAUCGCCCAAGUGCCCUCCCCCUGACCCGAGGAUCAAUUGCUUCGUUUUCCUGCACCAGUGUAACAACGACGACCAGUGCAGCAGGAACGGUCGUCCAGGCUUGUGCUGUCUGGAGCCCGCCUGUGGCAGACACUGUGUCGACGCUGAUACCACCCCCAUACAGCCGUAUGGAUGCCCGAACCCAAACUCGUUCGGGAGGUUCUGUUUUGUGUUUAGGAACCAGUGUGAUUCCCACCGCCAGUGCCAGAAGUCAGGGAGAGGUCGACGUUGCUGUCUAGUGGCGGGCUGCGGCAGGGAAUGUAUGUAAGCUGGAGAGUUUGGCCGUGACGGGGGGAGGGGGGGACUUGAGUGUGCGCGGUAAAAUGACUUUUUAAUAAACAUGGUCAUAAACAAUUUGAGUCUUACAGAGCAAGUGGUUAAGGGUUAUUAUUGCAACAAAAACAAGUAUUAAUAUGACUUUGCUGCUUCUGACGUGAAGAGUAGGCUGUGAGACCGGAGAAAUGUGUAACCUGCCUACGUCAUCACUGCUUGUUGAGCCAUCACCAGCCACCCUAACCUAACCCAGCCUAACCUAACCCAACCCAGCCUAACCUAACCCAACCCAGCCUAACCUAACCUAACUCAACCUACCCAGCCCCCCUAACCUAGCGAAAAUGAAGGAUAUAGUAGUAGGCAUCCAUCAGUCUCAGGAGACUAUGGAGUUGGCGCAGGCAUUAAAACAUUUGAGUAGCGUCAUAUCUUGUGCGCACAAUAUAUGAAACAGUUAUAUCUCAUUUAAUUUUCAGCUUAAUUAUGAAUCUUUACUACAUAAUAGCCAGAAAGCUUUCCAUUGUUGCUAUACUCUGUCACCUGAAGGUGGGAGAUAUAUUUAGAAAUAGAGUUAGGGCGAUUUUCUUAAUAUAGUCAUCUUAUUAGUUCCUUGUAAUAGGCAGUAUUACUUUCUGACAAAUAUAUUAAUAAAAGAUUGUAUUUUCUGCAAUUA